UUACACUAUGCAGCAGAAAAGAUGUUUGUAGCAGUAAGGCUCUUUCUCCUCUUGUUUCUCUGUCUGGAGGCUUGUCAUGGAGGAAGUGAUAGGAUAUACGUUAAUGUUUAUGCAAACACUCUCUCUGAAGUGGAUGGCAUUUCUUCUGUACCUUCAGUUUUUGGAAUAACUGCAUACAGAGAUUCUUUAGAUUUUUCCACUACAGUUGGUUCUCAGUUUCUGUCGGAUCACAAUAUAGACACAGUUGGAGUCGGCAGUACUACACUGAACUCUGUCCUACCUACUAGUCAAUAUACUGGACACACUCUCUCCUCGCUGAAGCAAUGGUUCAAAUCUGGCUAUGCUUACAGUAAAUUCAAGAUGACCUCUGAUUAUUAUGCUCUUUACAGUCGUGGUAUAAGGAAAAGUGGCGCACGUCCAUUUCUGUUUAUAAGGAACAUUCCGGGUACAUGUAAUCCUCACUGUCAAAAGGUGAACUGCUUCAGUGAAGCAGGCACACCUAAAGCUAGUACCAAUAGCAACCAGAAGGACUUCAGUUGGUGGACAACACUAAUCACUGGGUAUUUAGAACUAGCACUGAAAGCUGAUCCAAGUAUUGAUACUGUCCACAUAUGGAAUGAGCCAGACACUACAUUUUGGAAGGACAAUAAGAAUGGUUCCUAUUAUGCUGAUCUUUAUUUUUCAUCAGCAAAAAGCAUAAAAUCAAAUUGGCCCAAUAUCAAGAUUGGUGGGCCAGUGAGCAGUGUUCCUAGUACUUCCAUUAGCUCUGAAAUGAGAGAUAAUGGCCUACUCUGGCAUAAAUAUAUCCAACCUUUGAUUGAUUCUGCUCUACCAAAAGAACUAAUUGACUUUAUUGAUUUUCAUGCUUUCAAUGAAAAUGCUCUCCCAGAGACACUCCUCAAUGCUAUAGAGACCACAGUAUCUUAUGCUUUAGUGAAGUAUGGGACAUAUCUCCCUGUCUCAAUCACAGGCCAUGCUAUAGACUCUAUCUAUGCUUACAAUGAGGAAGCAACAAUGAAGGAGUACUAUCUUAACAGGACUCUGCCUUUAAUGAUCAGUACCUUUGCUCUCCUUCGCUCGCCUGAUAAAGUUAUUCACAGGUUGCUGUUUGAUUACAAGGGAUCAUUAAAGUGUAAAGGGUGUCAGUUUUAUGGAGGGUCACCAGAGUCCAGUAUGUAUCAGUUACUAGGUAUGUUAGUCAAUGGAUCACGGCUUCACCUUACUGUGGAUGGUGGGCAGUACAUGACCUCAAGCUGCAGUUGCUAUAGUUCAAAUGGUUUUCGUGGUCAGCCAGUGAUUGGUGAAGCAGCUUUUGUACACACCAACAUCACCUUUAUGUUGCUAAAUACUUGUGAUUGUCCACUGACCAUAAAAAUAAGUUUGAUAGGAACACCAAACUCAGCUAUAAGUCAUUCCUGGGCUGCAGUCCAGGAUUACACUGGUAUAAGGAGAGUGGCUCCACUGCCUUGGUCUUCCUCCAGUCAAUCACUUUAUAUUGAACCUCACACUCUAUUUGUCACUUCUUAUCAAUUCUCAACACGUUACUCAGCUCCUCUUCCUCCCUCUACCUCUCCACCUCCUCCAUCUUUCUCUUCAUUCUCUCAUCUUCAAACCAGCCCCUUUGUAUUCUUUAAAAGAAAGGUCCUGUACAAGAAACAAGGUCACAGCGGCAAGAGGUUUCCAGUUCAACUGGAGUACAUACAGCAAGCCAUCACUGCAUACCCUAGGAAAGCUAGCUACAUCAUGAUGUCCAUACCAUCGCCAGUUCCUUGCAAUUAUAUGUUCAGCAUUGACUACAAGGCAGACCAUGCAUUAGACUAUCAGCCAGUAGACGUGAGACUAAAGCUAGGGUUUAUCGGUCAGCCUGGAUCUGUCAAUUGGAGCUCAACUUGGAAGUGUAGCAGUAAUUCUUACUAUGGGAGCCGGAAAUGGCUUCCAGUUGUAUCACCAGGCCGGUAUUAUGAGGAAUCUUUGGGCUGCCCACCAAAAGUCCGUUACAAUGGAAGCAUCAGACUUCAUUUUAAAGCAUUGAGUAACUGUGUAUCAACUGGGAAUACCAGCAGUAGCAGUUCAGUGGGUUAUCUUGCAUUUAGUUCAGUAGUCUACAUAUCUCGCCCCACACUUAACUAAAGAACAAAAAUUUUGUAUGGCGCAGCAAAAAUAAUUAUUAUUCAUUAUCAU